AUGAUGGCGACAACAAAUAUAACGAGAAGUGGAACACAGACGACAACAUUUGAAAGAUUGGUAUGCAGUCCGGUUUGGGUAGGUGAGUUUAAACAACAGUCCAUUUCAUUCUCGGCAGUCAACAUUCUCCUCUCCAUCACAGCAACUCUUGGGAAUUCUCUUAUCCUUGUUGCCCUUCACAAGGAAUCUUCUCUCCAUCCGCCAUCCAAACUCUUGUAUCGCUGUCUGGCAACAACUGAUCUUUUGGUUGGUCUCGUUACCCAUCCUCUCUAUGCUACUUAUUGGAUGUCCUUGGUUCACGAACAUUGGAGUCUUUGUCGAUACGCGAGGGAGGCAAGCUACAUAACAGGCUUUACUUUGUGUGGAGUUUCUCUGUUUACAAUGGCGGCCAUAAGCGUCGACCGACUUCUUGCCAUGUUGUUGGGACUGAGAUACAAAGAGAUUGUAACUUUAAGGCGUACGUACUUCAUUCUAGCUAUCUUUUGGGUUGUAUGUCUAGUCGCUGGUUUAUCCUCUCAUCUGAAUUAUCGUAUAACCUUUUGGAACACCCUUAUAAGUAUAUCAUCUUGCUUGGUAAUCUCAGCCGCCUCGUACGCAAAGAUUUUCCGCGCUCUCAGUCAUCAUCGAGCUCAAAUACAAGAUCAUGCUCAACAACAGCCGAGCCGACCAAAUGCACUGAACAUGGCGCGAUACAGAAAGGCAGUCUACAAUGCGCUGUGGGUGCAGUUAGCUUUAAUUGUCUGUUAUGUGCCACAAUUUGCAGUGAGAAUUGUGAUCUUUCUUAGUGCAAAGAGAUUUUCGAAUUUCUUCUUAAUCUACGGAAUGGCAAUUGUCUUAAUGUUUUUUAACUCUACUUUAAACCCGUUCCUUUUCUGCUGGAAGAUAAGUGAAGUGAGACGAGCAGUAAAGCAGACAAUCAGACAAGCAAUCUGCUAUGCAUAGGGAUAGACCUAUUUUAACGUUGGCAUGUACUGUUUCUUCCAUAGGUAAUUUGGAAAUUGUCAUAUCUUUGAGUUUGAAACCGAUUAUCGAAUUUCAUCAUAAUCUGGGCCAUGGCGAAUGUUUUAGUUUUCUUUAAUGUGACUUUAAACCCGUUUCUUUACUGUUAAUUUUAAAAGCACUUUUCUUGCCGAAUUUGAAUAUUCAUGAAUAUUACGUGACUCUAUCAUAGGCCGUGUAAACACAGGUGGUCUUAUGAGAAAACACUCUCUCAAUUCAUGACAAUCGAGUGCAAAAGUUGCUAUUACGCGCUCUUGAGUACCUAGCGCUGCUUUAUUAAAAAUGGUUUGUAUGACAGCUCACCACUGCAAGGAUCAUUUUCGUGCUUAAAAUUCAUGUGAUGGUCAAAAAUGAUCUGUGUCAUUAAAAUUCUGGAAAAAUGAAUAAGUAUAAUGGAAGGACAAAGACUUUGGUUAAUAAACUACUACGCUCUAACCUCUUUUAUGUGGUUUCUUUUAACAUUUCCCUUUCUUCCUUAGGACCGUUACGAAUAUCACCGAAUGAAAAGGGGCUGUAUGCAAAUGUUUGAUGAGUAAAUUAUAAGAAAAAGCUAACGUUGCCAUAAACGUUAUAAAUGAAGGUAUAUCUCGUAGAUAAAAUGAGAAUCAAAUAAAUUUGGUCAGAGAUGUUUAAAACUUCAAAAUUAUUUAUCAAUCGACGGAUUUCCGACCGCGAUUUCUUGAUAUCGUAGAUCAAUGUUUUUAAAUACUCCAGAAAAUUUUAAAAAUGUUCGUUUAUUUACUUUGUCUUGCUGAGUCAUGAGCUAAGCCAGACAAGCCAGACCGAAACUGAUCUUUAGAUAGAAUAUGAUGAAAUGAUGUAGAAUGUCCCAAGCUGUUAAGCAUAUCUGUAUUAGCAGGGCUCAUAUGUAGUUGCUGUUGUUAUCACCAGCCUUUUCCAGGUGUUCAUUUAGUAAAACGGAGCAAAAUGGUACAGGGCACGAUAGUAGCGGUGGAGUGAUAAAACGGGGGAGUUUUGGGUCGGGUCGGGUCGGGUCGGGUGAACGACUUGACCCAAGCCUCACUCUUUUUCGAUCCACCCUCACGAUCGCGCCGUUUAUUGUGCACCUCGUUUUACUAGCUAAACGCCUCAAACAGGCUGUGUUAUCACUCGAUAAGCUGUCAAAAAAAAAAAAAAAGCUGUGAUGCAGAAUAAAAGAGACUAUCACAUAUAUUUUCUUCGAGUCAGUAGUGAAGCCAUUUAUUACGAAAGAGGAACCGAGGGGAAAAAAUGAAUGCAACCACCUGUCGUAUACUUAACAACUUUAACUGUUACUACGGUAAUCUUUUGCAAUCAAAUAAUGACUAAGCACAAAAAAAUUGAAAUAGUUUAUCUUACUAGAUGGUUUAUUAAUCAAGCAAUUCAAGAAGGUUUCCGUAGCUUUAUGCUUUGCGCCUAUGAAAUAAUUGAAUAUUAUUAUUCGGUUGCAAAACCGUAUUGCAGAAAAAAAGCUAUUACAUGUAUAGUUUUUCAAAAAACAAAAAACAAAACCUUAGCUGAAACAACAUGGUAUUGGUGACCAUAGAUUCAUCCAAAGGAAGUCUUCGAAUUGCUUCCUGGCCAAGUAACAUCUGCGCUGCAAUCUUUUUGUUUUUCAGUUUGCCGUACGUAUGUUAUCAUAAUUCUGACAAGUUUCGAUAUCACAACAUUUGCAUAAGCACUUCAUCAUUUGUCAAUAGCUUUCAGUGAAGGUUUUCCUUAGUCAAACAGAGAUGUUUUCACUUUUUUUUUGAAACGAUGGUCACAGAGAGUAUAAAUUUGUUCCUGUUAUACGAUGCCAGAUCCAAAAUGUCGUUUACUGAUUACAGGUAAUUAAGACAAACAGUAAUGUUCGGUAGCAAACUUCCGCCUUAAAACCAGAGAUAAUUUGCACAUACAAUGUCUCCCGCAAGAGAAGCAUUUGAAUUAUUUACGAUUUUUUGACCGACAUUUCCCCCUUUUAAAAGGUGAGACACGUAGAGACCAAAAAUUUUAAAUCUUUCUAGAAAUUAACUUUGCAUCUCUAACCAAGAUUGAAAAUUGGACUUUUUCUCUUAGUUUUCUUAAGCUGUUAACAAUUAAUGGCGUCCCAAGAUCCCGUGAAUUGAUAAUUCACGCUAUUAUUUGGGUAAGGGAACGACUCCGAUCCAAACAACACGUCGGCCGAUACGUUGAUCAAGGCGUAAGCCGACGGCAAUCGGUCGACUAUCGCCAUCUUUCGGUCGACUUUCGAUAUCCUAUCACUAAAGGUUUAUUUGAGUAAAGAAGUUUUUUAUGUUUUGUUGGGAUAUUAACCUAUCACAAGAGCAGUUUAAUUUUCCCCUUACUACUAAUUAAAAUUCGCGCAUAAAAACUGGUCUUUUGCUCUCUUUCGUGUCACAAACCUCACAGCUUUCGGACAUUAUACAUAGUCAGAUGCUAGUGAUGAAUUUUUACUUCCUGUAACUAAUAUCCAAAAGCUAACGUUCAACCGACCUUGACUUAUAGGAUACUGUUAAGACGAAAUAUUCCUCGUUGUAACUAAAGAUAACCUGCAAGAGAAAGGAAACGACAGCAGGAUGAUGGCGACAACAAAUCUAACGGAAAGUGGAACACAUACGCAAGCAUUUGACAAAUCGCUAUGUUCCCCAGUUUGGGUAGGUGAGUUUAAACAACAGUCCAUUUCAUUCUCAGCAGUCAACAUUCUCCUCUCUAUCACAGCAAUUCUUGGGAAUUCUCUUAUCCUUGCUGCCCUUCACAAGGAAUCUUCCCUCCAUCCGCCAUCCAAACUCUUGUAUCGUUGUCUGGCAACGACUGAUCUACUGGUUGGUCUUGUUACCCAGCCUCUCUAUGCUGCCUACUGGAUGUCCUUAGUUCACGAACACUGGAGUCUUUGUCGGUACUCAAGGGACGCAGUCUACAUAUCAAGCUAUGCACUAUGUUCAGUGUCUUUGUCGACGUUGACGGCCAUAAGCGUGGACCGACUUCUCGCCAAGUUGUUGGGGCUAAGAUAUAAAGAGAUUGUAACUUUGAAGCGCACGUAUAUCAUUUUAGCUAUCGUCUGGGUUGUAUGUCUAGUCACUGGUUUAUUCUCUCGUCUCGAUUACCGUAUAACCCUAUGGUGCACCCUUAUAGUUACACCAUCUUGCCUGAUAAUCUCAGUCGUCUCGUACACAAAGAUUUUUUGCGCUCUCGGUCAUCACCAGGCUCAAAUACAAAGUCAUGUUCAACAACAGUCGAGACAACUAAAUGCAUUGAACAUGGCGCGAUACAGAAAGGCAGUCUACAAUACACUGUGGGUGCAGUUAGCAUUAGUUAUCUGUUAUGUACCACUUUUUACGGUGAAAAUUGUAAUCUUUCUUAGUACAGAGAGAUCUUCGAAUUUCUUCUUAAUAUAUGGAAUGGCAACUGUCUUAAUUUUUUUUAACUCUACUUUAAACCCGUUUCUUUACUGUUGGAAGAUAACUGAAGUGAGACGAGCAGUAAAGCAGACAAUCAGACAAGCAAUCUGCUAUGCAUAA